CCUUUGGGAGCUCUCCAGACAAAGAAAGGGAAGCAGUUUGCGCCAAAGGCGGCGGUGGCGAGGGCGACUUGGGGGCCGUCCUUCUUCUCCCUUCCCUCCCUCCCUCCCAGCCUCCUGGCCUCCUUCCCCCGGAGCCCCGAGGGAGGCAUGGCUCCUCUGAGGGCUCUCCAAGGGCUGCAGGGGCCCCAAAGGGCCCGAAGGUGAGGCAGAGCGGGCGCCAAAGGGCGCCUCCUCCUCGGCCGCUGGCCCCCGGGGCGCCAUGGCCAUCGCCCACAUCGCCACCGAGUACGUCUUCUCGGACUUCCUGCUGAAGGAGCCCUCGGAGGGACGAGGCUACAAGGGGCUGCGGCUGGAGCUGGCCGUCGACAAGCUGGUCACCUGCAUCGCCGUCGGGAUGCCUCUGCUCCUCAUCUCGCUGGCCUUCGCCCAGGAGGUCUCCAUAGGUACUCAGAUGAGCUGCUUUUCUCCAAGCUCGUUUUCUUGGCGCCAGGCUGCUUAUGUGGACUCUUACUGCUGGGCAGCUGUACAGCAAAAACAGCUUUCCCAGAGUGACUCGGGACACCUUCCACUCUGGCUUCACAAAUUUUUCCCAUACAUCCUUCUACUAGUUGCAAUCCUGCUGUACCUGCCGUGUCUCUUCUGGCGCUUCACAUCAGCACCCCACCUUAGCUCAGACCUGAAAUUUAUUAUGGAAGAACUUGACAAGGCCUAUAACAGAGCAAUCAAAGCUGCAAAUAGCUGCUGUAAUGCUGAUGCGAGGGAUCAUGCUGGCUCCUCCAUGCCAGUCCACAGCGAGAACAUUACUCAGAGCUUCUGGGAAAUAUCUGACAGCUGCUUUAAAUACCCCAUUGUGGAACAAUACCUGAAGACAAAGAGAGGCUCCAAGACCUUAAUCAUCAAGUACAUAUUUUGCCGUUUGCUGACACUGACAAUUAUUCUCCUGGCUUGUCUCUACCUGGGCUACUAUAUCAGUCUUUCCUCCCUGACUGAUGAGUUUAUCUGCAACAUAAAAACGGGGAUCUUAAAGAAUGAUUCGACUGUUCCAGAACGGUUUCAGUGCAAACUAGUUGCCGUUGGUGUCUUCCAGCUUCUCAGCUAUAUCAACUUCCUUGUCUACAUCCUCCUCUUGCCCCUUGUAAUCUAUGCAUUGUUGGUGCCAUUGAGGCAGAGCACAGACAUCCUCCAAGUAUAUGAGCUUCUGCCAACAUUUGAUGUUCUCAAAAUCAAAACAAAGAGCUACAAUGACUUAAGCCUCUACCUCCUCUUCCUGGAGGAGAAUGUCAGUGAGUUGAAAUCUUACAAGUGCCUCAAAGUUUUGGAGAACCUGAAAGGCAGUGGAGAAAGGUUUGACGCCAUGCAACUCCUGAUGAACCUUGGCUCAAUUAAAGACACUGCAGAUGGCAAGUCAGCCACUGCCAAAGGAGAUGGAGGAAAGAAAACUGAAGCAGAUACAGCAAAGAAUGCAGAGGAAUUACAGGAUCUGACUGGAACGAUAACACCAGCAGAUGGAGUAAAACCAAGUAAAGAAGAUGGCAAGCUUCGUCAGAGGCUUCUGGAUUCUUCUUGCUGAAGGGCUCCAUUGGAGUUUUGUUGAUUAUGACUGUUCUUCUCACAUACUCUACUACAAGCUGUAUUGAGCACUUGAUUGCUUCCUUGUUGAAUGAACAAAAACUGGGGCCUGUGGGUAAAUAAUUGUUUACAAACUUUUUAUAGGGCUGUGUUUACAUACCUAUCUAGCCUCCUAUCAUCAAAGCAGCGAUAAAUAAGUAUCCAAGAUCGGGGGAACAAAAAGACCUCAGAGGACUACACCACUACACAUACCCGCCUACUGAUUUAUUUAUUUUUUCUUUCCAUUUAAAAAAACACACAAAAAACAACACAGAAUACCAUCUUGACAUCUCUAGGGGGCAUGGCAGUAAUUUUGCCAUCCUGCACUGUUUUACACCCUGGUUUGUAUUGUGUGCCUUCAGGUUGUUUCCAACUUAUGGCGACUCUAAGGCAAAUCUAUCAUGGUUUUCUUGGCAAGAUUUGUUCAGAGAGGAUUUGACUUUGUCUUCCUCUGAUGCUGCAAGAAUGUGACUGGCUCCAGGUCAACCAGUGGGCUUCCAUGGCUGAGCAGGGAUUUGAACCCUGGUCUCCAGAGUCCUAGUCCAAAGUUCAAACCACUGCACCACGCUGGUAUAUUCUCUGGUUUUAAGAAGGCUUCUUUUGGGUUUCUAAGAGUGAGGCAGUGGUGUGUGUGUGCUAUGACAGAAUUGCCUCCAUGCCCACUAGAGGCACAAGGUACAUUUUGGGUGUGGGGGCAAUUAAGAGCCUCAUAAAUGACCUUGCAGGCUCUAUGAGGCUUGUGUGUGUCACUUUCCCCAUCUCUGAUUUAAAGGCAUAAUAGUAAGAAUGUGAUUUAUUAGAGAGAAAGCUAAAGUUUGUUGUUGUUAAUUGCCAUAAAACUGACUUUGACUUAUGGUGACCCUAUGAAUGGGGGCCUGUAAGUCACCCUGUUAAUAGCAGCACUGCUUAGAUUUUAAAACCUCAAGAUAGCAGUGGCUUCCUUGAUUGAGUCCAUCCACCUGUAAUGUAGCCUUCCUCUUUUCCUACUGUCUUCUGCCUUACCAAGUAUUUUUCUCUUUUCUGAUGAGUCAAAACUUCUCAUCAUAUAUCCAUAUGUCUCUCUCUGCUAAGUACCCAUAGUCCAGCACUAUCUUGAAAACAGCUGACUGGCCCUAUACUAAUUACCGUGGUGGGGUGAAAUAAUUACAAUUACACUUAAUUACAUUAGCAAGGAAAGGCAGGAAAAAACUUUGUGUUUCUCCAAUGCCUCUCUACUAGGACAUGGCCACAUAGCCAGAAAAACUCACAAAAAAAUAUGGAUGCCAGCCAUGAAAGCCUUCGACAUCAAGCCUCUCUUCUUUGUUAUUAGUGCACCUGCAGCCUGCCAUCACAGUGCCUUUGUCAGCUGAAAUUAUAACAUUUUCAAUGGCUCAUAUCAGUGCAUGCAGAAAAAGAUGUUAAAGCGGACUAUACAGGUGGGGGUGGUGGGUGACCGCAUCCACCCACACGCACAUUCACAGUGCCUUUGUCUGCUGAAAUUAUAAUAAUUCAUUGGAUCAGAUCAGUGCAUGCAGAAUAAAAUCUUAGUCUGACUGUAGAUGGAGUUGAAUGUGCACUUGUUAAACUGUUGUGCAGUUAUUCUAUUAUAUUGCAUGAGCAUUGCAAAACCAACCUGAGCACAUGUUUUCAAUUGCUUACUGAAAUAAAUAGGUGCACCUGAUAAAUAUAUACCUGUUACACUUUCUAGAACAUCCUUACUACCUUAGAGCACUACCAUUGGGUUGUUGUAAACAGGACUGGUGCAAUUAUUCAGUUUACACAGUUCACUGUCCUCGAAUUACACCUGCAGUCUACCUUAUUUUGUUUCUAGUUGUAUGGUCAGUGUUUCAGUACAUGCAGUAUAAAUGCUAUAGGAUUUUUGCGUAAUCUCUGUGAAAAGUUUCUCAACAGGUAAACUUACGAUAUGUUUUCAAACAAGAAAAAAUAUAUAUUUAUGUGAUACAUGCCCUGUAAUAUAUCUGAGUUUAUGGACUGCUUGUUUGAAUCAAGAUUCAGGAGCCAAGGUACAUUCUGUAGAUGACAUAUCCAUCAUUUACAGAGCCAUUAAAAAAAAAAAAAGGUUACAGUGUUAACUAUCAGUGAAUGUGCCACCAACAAAAUAGCUGCUUUUAGGAGCACCUGGUUUGAAGAAAGGAGGUGGAAAACUAAACUUCCAAUCAAUCUUACUUUACCAGAAACAGAUGACCGGUUUCAGAUACAGGGGAGAAGCUCGGUAAAAACAUGAGUGCAUAGCUAUCUGGUUACAUUUUAGAUAUUUUAAAACUUUGGCAGUAUUGUUGAUAGUCAUGUUAAGAACAAAGUGGCAAAGAUGGCGAGAGACCUGGAGACCAAGUCCUAACAUGAAAAGGUCAAAGAUACUGGGUACGUUUAAUUUGGAGAUUAAAAUGAUGUGGUAGCCAUGUUCAAACGGAUAAAACGACUCACACAUUUAUGAUGGAGCAUGUUUAUUCCCAGUAGCUCCAUACAGUAAUAUUUGAACCAGUGUGUUCAGACCAGAAGAAAGGAUAUACCAGUGGGUUCAAACCAGAAGAAAGUAUUUUGAUUAAACUUUAGGAAGAACUUUCUGUCAGUACCAACUGUUUGACGGUGGAAUAGAAUUCCUCAGUACAUGAUGGGUUUUGUUUUCAUUAGAGCAAGAUGGGAACCAUUUGGCCUUCCAGAUGCUGGAACUGCACCUACCAACAUCUUUCACAGUAGGUAGUGAUGACUCAGGUUGCUGGGAGUUUCGAUUCAGCAAUACAUUGGGAACCCACAUAAUUUCUACAUCUGCAUUGGACCUCCAUCAGAGCUUUUUCAAAAUAUGCUGAAUAUUGUAAUAUAGUGGCAGAACAGUAGCACUUUACCUACAACAAUUGGAGGUUCAGCUAAAUCAAGGGUGCACAAUCUCUUGGCUGUUGCUGUUGCAGCCUACAGAGCCAUGGGGAGAUCACACACUUUCCUCCACAGACCAGCAGAUUGUCUGAAUACAAAGAGAUCACUGCGCUGCUGCAGUGAUCUCACUUGUUCUUGCUGUGGAUUGCAAAAUGUCUGGAUAUGUUUCUCGCAGCUUCUAGUGAAUCUUACCUGUAAGAUGCCUGCAAGGUUCUUGGGGUGGAAAGAACAUCUGAGGUCUCUUCCAGUUGUGUGAUUCAAUGAGCUUUGAGGAUUUGGUUGACAGCUAUAAGAUUAAAAUCUGCCUUAACUCUAUCCUGCCUUCAACAUUCUGUGAUGAUGGUCAUUUUAAGUUAACAACCAAUAAGUAAUUUAUUGGUGAAAAAUAUUUUUUUAAAAAAUCCUUGCAUAUUUCCUCCUCAGAAAGAGAACAGUAGAGCACCUAUAUAGGUACUAGGCCCCAGCUUGCCAUACCUCCAGUAAAAUAUCUCAGUAGUUACUGGGAAAUAACCCUUGCUUGAGAUGGAAGAGCAGUACUGCCAAUCCAAGUAGGCAAGUCUGAAUGAGAAGAACCAGUGCUCUCACUCAAUGCUUGGAAAUUUUGAGUUUAUCCAAGCUCUUGUCUAUGAGUAAGUUAGUUUUGUACACUCCUAUAUAACAGGGAUGUAUUUAUUUAGUAUAUUAGAAAUGUAUGGAAUCAUUGCAGGAGGAUAUUGGGAGAUGCUGAUAAUUCAAAGUAUUAUUGUGGUUAUGUUUUAAUAAAAUGUCUAACAGUGCAACGUGACAAUAGUAGGCAUUAGCAUGUGAAUGUGUUAUGGUAUUAAUUCUUCAUUCUAAGUGAAACUGUGUUAUAUGAAAUGUAAUUUGUUACUUUCAGACCUGCCCAUUUUUUGUCUGUAGUUUUCAGAUUUUCUGUUCAUAGCCACUUUCUGAUUGUCUAUCCUGCAUGUUAUGAAUUUCAACAGUCUCUUGUUGCUAUACUAAAAGCCUGGCAAGACUAGACAGGGCUUUUGGAAAUUGUAGUCUACAGCAUCUGGAGGGCACCAGGCUGGAAAAGAAUGCAAUUUCCCCAUAUUUUGUGUUAAGCUCUCGAUUUCAGAGGAUGAUAGCACUAAAAAACCCAACAACAUCUGAACUGUUACUAAUUUAUUACAUGUUUUAUUUGUUGAACUGACGUGACAGCCAGUAUCUAACAUUUGUAUGAAUAAAGUUUGCUUCUUUGUGAUGAAAGUAUCUGCAA